GAGACGGUUUGAAAAAAAAAACCAAGCUCCGCCGGUUGCUCGAGAUUUUUCUCUUCCCUUCAAGUGUAUUCCCGUUCAAACUUUUGCAUAGAUUUUUGUGUCUGUUGUUGAUUUGUUUCCUUCAUUCACAUCUUUUGGAAUUGUUUCAUUAUCAUUUCAUACUACGCAACACAUCCAUAUUCUACAUCUUUCACAAUGGCUGCUAUCCCCGGUCCCGUUUACGGCCUUGAGGUCCCUCCUGGCGAGAUCUUGAUUCCUGCUGGUAUGGACUUCCCUGCCUCUUUCCGCAUCACCAUGGCUGCCAUCGACCCUACCGAGGAGCCUGAGGCUGAUGAGGAUGGCAACGUCCCUGAGGUUCCCCGUGCUACCCUCCGCCUUGUCAAGCGCGCUUUCCCCGGCCUCGACGACGAGGAUGACGAGGAGAUUGACGACGAGUACAUGAAGGCUCUCCUCGCCGCUUCUUCCGAUGACGAAGAUGAAGAUGAGGAUGAUGAGGAGGCCAACGGCGGUCCUAGCGAUCUCUCCAAGUCCAAGAAGCAAAAGCAGGCUGCUGCCAUUAAGAAGCUUCUUGCCGCUACCCAGGAGGACGAUGACGACGAGAUGGAGGAUGCUAAGCCCAGCAAGGGCAAGGGCAAGGCCGAGGCUGAGGAUGAUGAUGAGGAAGAGGAUGACGACGAGGAUGAGGAUGAGGAUGAUGAGGACGAUGAGGACGAUGUUGACCUCGAGAACUUUGUCAUCUGCACCCUUGACACCGAGAAGCACUACCAGCAGCCUCUUGACAUCACCGUCAACCACGGCGAGAGAGUCUUCUUCGUCGUCACUGGUUCCCACACUGUCUACCUCACCGGUAACUACAUCAUGGACGAUGAUGAGGAUGACUACGACGAGGACGACGAGGAUGACUACGACUUCGACCCUGAGGAUAUGGAGUACACUCUUGGUGAAGACGACAGCGAGCUCGAGAGCGACGAUCUUGAUGACCUCGAGGACCCCCGUGUCGAGGAGCUCGAUGACGAGGAAGAGGAGGAGGCCCCCAAGCUUGUCAACACUAAGAAGGGCAAGAACAAGCGCGGUGCUGAGGAGGAGAGCCUUGAUGACUUGAUUGACGAGUCCAAGCUCUCCAAAAAGCAGCAGAAGAAGCUCAAGAACAACAAGGGCGAGCCUGUUGCCGCUGAGGACAAGAAGGAGGCCAAGAAGGUCCAGUUCGCCAAGAACCUUGAGCAGGGUCCUUCUGGUCCCGCUGCUAAGCAGAAUGGCCAGACUACUGGUGUCAAGGUUGUCCAGGGUGUCAAGAUUGACGACCGCAAGGUCGGCACUGGCCGCAACGCUAAGAACGGUGACACCGUCGGUGUCCGCUACAUUGGCAAGCUCGCCAACGGCAAGCAGUUUGAUGCUAACAAGAAGGGAAAGCCUUUCGCCUUCAAGGUCGGCAAGGGUGAAGUCAUCAAGGGCUGGGACAUCGGUGUUGUCGGCAUGGCCAUCGGUGGCGAGCGUCGCCUCACCAUCCCCGCCAAGCUCGCCUACGGCUCCCGCGCUCUUCCCGGUAUCCCCGCUAACAGCGAGCUUACCUUUGACGUCAAGCUUCUCGAGAUCAAGUAAACAAGCCAUGGAUACAAUCCAUGUAAGCUGUGUUUAGUUGUGGGGAGGAGAUAUUUCUUUUGUUAAAUAUUUUUUUGGAGUCAUGGGGUGGAUGGCGAUGAAUGGAUCCGACAUCGUCAUCUAUCAUCAAGACCCUGGCGUCUGUGUCUUUUGGCUUUUGGUUUUUGAGAUUUCUUACUGUACUAUUGUUUGUGAUUCUAGUUAUAAAAUGCACGCUUAUUCAGGCAGCAUUACUCAAAAACCAAAAGGGCUACACUACUGAGUGAGCCAUCGAAAAGUUAUCUGAUAAAAUGUACAAUGACAUUAUGACUUGUUCACCUGAUUCUCUAGUAUUUGUGAAAGUUGCCCAUGUCGCAACUAUAGAUGUUACUUUAACACCACUCUGUAAUUUGAGUUUCUUUAAUAUGCAUUGAAA